CGGGCUGGGAAGCGGCGGCGGUGGCCGGCGGGCGCGGAGCCGCGCAGGCGAGGCGGCGGAUGCCGACGCGGGCGGGGAAGCGGCGGCGGUGGUCGGUGGGAGCGGAGCCGCGCAGGCGAGUGGCGCAGGCGACGGCGGCGGUUGCUGAGGUGGGCAGGCGGCGCAGGCGGGGUGCGGGAUCGGGAGCGGCGGCUGCAGCCGGCGGCGGGCGAGCGACGACGACGACGACGACGACGACGGAGGGUACGUUGAUCCGGAAAUCCCGAUGGGGGCGGGAGCGCGGACGUCGAGGCAUGGCGUGAGGAGAGAGAGAGAGAGAGAGAGAGAAUCGCUAUAUUUGGCCGAACUCUCUCCGAUUUGGCGGAUCUUCUAUUUUUGGAAGCCUCGAUGCCCGUAUCUGCUGGAGCGACGAUUUCUCCUCCCAUAUGCGCUAUAUUUCGGAUGGAGUACCAAAUAGAGGAUCUGCUGGGAUGCUCUUAAACCCUCGUUCCCCUUGUCUCCCAAACCCUCUCUCUCCUUCCCCUCGCUUCCGCCUCCGGCCGCCGCCGCGAGGCCAUCGCCUGCUGCUGCAGCGGCCUACCCUAGCGUCGGUGCAAGACGGCGCCCUGCGGCUUCGGUUGCGGGGUGGGUGGUGGCGUUGCGGGAGGAGGAGGGAGGCGGGCCGGGUCCAAGCUGAGGCGGCUCGUGAGGUCCAUGGCGGUGGCGCCGCCGCUGCCGCCGGCACCGGCGCGGCUGCUCCGGCGGUGGCAGGGGUCGUCGCCGUGGCUGUCCUCUUCCUUCGGCCGCACCCGCUACUUUUCGCGCCCGGCCUUCGCCGCGGGAGGAAGGCAAGAUUAUUCUCCUAGUUCUGGCAUGGGGGUUAGCAAAACUGGUGCUUUCAGGCUGGGAUUGCAUGGCAACUUAAAUGUACAAAGUAGCGUGCAAGAAUGGGUUGAUGAAACCAAGAGGUUAUUUUUCCUCAGGACCACCAACAAUGUCAGGAACAACAUCACUAAUGGCACUACUCCUCUGCGGGUUGGAAAUCUGCGUCAUGAUCCCUCAGAAGAUAUCAGGAGUUCAAACUAUCCUUCCUUGUAUAAUCAAAGAGAAAGAGGGCCAUCUAAUUCAAUUGUAAAUAGACAUGUCGAUACAGAUUUGGCUAAGCAUCGUGUGAUGUAUCAGUCAGCACAUGCUGUGCCUGCCCCAUUCAGUGUUGCUAAUAAUGAUAUCAAACCACUGAACCUGCUUGAUGGCUCCAAGGAGGAAAUUCCUUGGCACGAUUCCGUUACGGUGGAAUCUUCUCUGCCUAAAGUUUCCAAGUCAGAGACAACUUUGGUGGUUGAUAAAGCUAUCCCAAACAAAAAGGAGCACAAACGCAUUACAAGGAAAGUGACGCUAAAUAUCCCGGACAAAGCUUCCUUGUCCACUGAGUCAAAAAAUGCACGGAAGUUGCUUGCUACCAUCUAUGACAAAGUUUUGGUUGUCGACAAUGUUGAGUCAGCUAGGAGUGUUGUUAAAUUGCUUACUACAAAGUACAAAGGCUUUAUUCAUGCAUGUGACACGGAGGUGGCAAAUAUUGAUGUCAAAGAAGAGACGCCAGUUGGUCAUGGAGAAGUAAUAUGCUUUAGCAUCUAUUCAGGAAAUUCUGAUGGGGAGGCUGAUUUUGGAAAUGGCAAAACAUGCAUAUGGGUGGAUGUGCUAGAUGGUGGAAGGGAUGUUCUAAUGGAGUUUGCUCCUUUCUUUGAGGACCCAUCUAUCAAAAAGGUUUGGCAUAACUAUAGUUUUGAUAGCCAUGUCAUUGAGAACUGUGGAAUCAAGGUUGCUGGAUUUCAUGCUGAUACAAUGCAUCUUGCACGCCUGUGGGAUUCUUCCAGGAGAGCUGAUGGUGGAUAUUCACUUGAAGGACUAACAAAUGAUCACAGAAUCAUGAAUGCUGUUCUAAAGGACAUACAUAAAACUGGGAAGGUGUCAAUGAAAACUAUUUUUGGUCGGAAAAAUGUUAGAAAAAAUGGAUCUGAAGGGAAAACCAUAUCUAUCGAGCCAGUCAAAAAGUUACAAAGGGAGGAUAGAGAGUUGUGGAUUUGCUAUUCCUCACUAGAUUCAAUGAGUACAUUGAAGCUUUAUGAAAGCUUGAAAAACAAGCUUGAAGCAAAGGAAUGGAUUUUCGAUGGUUGUCCUAGAGGAACAAUGUAUGAUUUCUACGAAGAGUAUUGGCGUCCCUUUGGUGCUCUUCUUGUAAAGAUGGAAACAGAGGGAAUGUUUGUUGACCGUGCAUACCUUUCGGAGAUUGAGAAAACUGCUGUUGUUGAACGAAAAUUAGCAGCGGAUAAGUUUCGGAAAUGGGCAUCUAAGCAUUGUCCUGAUGCCAAGUACAUGAAUGUGAAUAGUGAUAAUCAAAUUCGCCAACUUUUCUUUGGUGGCAUCAAAAAUAGAAAUAAGCCUGGUGAAACUUGGCCACAAAGUAAAGCUUUUAAAGUGCCAAAUGAUGAAAGCAUAGCUACAGAGGGCAAGAAGAUUCCAAAGUCUCGCACAAUCAAACUUUUCACUAUUGUGGAAGAUCUUAAACUUUUCACUACAGAGGGCAAGAAGACUACAAAGACUGGCUGGCUUAAAGUCCGUGGGGACGUUUUAUGGAGUUUGGCUGGUAAAAUACCCACAGAUCAUAUAUAUAAAAUUGAUGAUGAUGGCCAAGAGUUUGAUGAAGAUGGGAGCAGUGUGGAACUUCCUGAGCAGGAUAUAGAAGACACUUCCCCAUAUGGAACUGCAUAUGAAGCGUUUGGUGGAGGAAAGAAGGGAAGGGAAGCAUGUCAUGCCAUUGCUGCUCUAUGUGAAGUCUUUUCUAUUGACAAAUUGAUAUCCGGCUUCAUUGUUCCAUUGCAGGGAGAUCAUAUAUCAUGUAAGGAAGGGCGCAUUCACUGUUCGUUAAAUAUCAAUACUGAAACAGGACGCUUGUCAGCAAGAACACCAAGCUUGCAGAAUCAACCUGCUCUUGAAAAGGAUAGGUACAAGAUUCGCCAAGCUUUUGUCGCAGCUCCAGGGAACACUCUUAUUGUUGCUGAUUAUGGCCAACUGGAACUGAGGAUCUUGGCGCAUCUUACUAAUUGUAAAAGCAUGCUGGAAGCUUUCAAGGCUGGUGGUGACUUUCAUUCUAGGACAGCCAUGAAUAUGUACCAGCAUGUUCGUGAUGCUGUUGAAGAAAAGAAAGUUCUGCUUGAAUGGCAUCCUCAACCAGGUCAAGACAAACCCCCAGUGCCAUUAUUGAAGGAUGCUUUUGGCGCUGAGAGGAGGAAGGCCAAAAUGCUCAAUUUCUCCAUUGCAUAUGGGAAGACUGCUGUUGGUCUAUCUCAGGAUUGGAAUGUUGAAGUUAGGGAAGCAAGGGAUACACUCAAACUUUGGCAUAGGGAUAGAAAGGAAAUUUCAGCUUGGCAAAAGAAGCAGAAAGCCCUUGCGUUUGAGAAGUGCGAAGUCUACACUUUGCUCGGGCGAUCACGCCAAUUUCCUAAUAUGACUCAUGCGGGUCCUGGUCAAAAGAGUCACGUCGAGCGUGCUGCUAUAAAUGCACCAGUGCAGUGCAGCAGAUGUUGCUAUGUGUGCAAUGCUUGAGAUAGAAAGAAACGCUCGCCUUAAGGAGCUUGGUUGGAGACUCCUAUUGCAGGUUUAUGACAAUAACACUCCUACGUUUACAAAAGGAAGUACUUAGGCUGGUAUUUGAAGGCACAGACGAAAGGGGCCACCAUUGUUUCUUUCUUUCAAAGAAUUUGGCGAAGCAAAGAUUUACAUCAUAUUUAAGAGCUACGUUUUGUGUUCUUUCAGAGUAUUUUAUUUUGAUCCCCAGAAUGAAUUUGUACAUUGUCCUCAAAUGUUAUGUCUGCAUCUGCCAGGUGCAUGAUGAAGUGAUCUUGGAAGGGCCUACAGAAUCUGCCGAGGAGGCCAAGGCCAUCGUUGUGGAGUGCAUGUCCAAGCCUUUCUAUGGAACCAACAUCCUCAAGGUUGACCUAGCUGUCGACGCCAAGUACGCGAAGAGCUGGUAUGCUGCCAAGUAGAAUCCACACUCAGUUCUUCUGCCCUAUACAUAGCCAGAUGAACACAUUUGUCUGCCCCAAAGUUAGGCGACACCAAAGUUAUGUGUCGCCGAUGCGAUGAAGACUGCCCAUCCAUCCUGACGAAAUACAGCGGACUGAGCCAGCAUAGAUAAGAGAUGCAAAGCCGCUCAAGCACUCGAAGUGCCACCCCCAUCACCCACAGGAACACAAGAUCACACGUCCAUUUUUUCGGUGGCAGAGGCAGAGCAUCCAACGAGGGCCGAAUAGGCUGAAGACUCUUUCACUGGCAGUAGCUGAAUGUACAGAAGUAGCCUGUCUGAUAGUUAGAUUUGGAUUUGACUGUAGGGACCCCAGUAGAUACUGACCUGUAUGAGACUUUCAGAUACUUGGGCAGUGUUUAGUUCCCUUCAAACUUUAAAAAAUUUCGUUACAUCAAAUGUUUGGACACAUACAUGAAGCAAUAAGGGCUUGUUCGUUUCUCUAACAAGGAGGAGAUGAAAUUUUCGAUA